AUGAGUACUCCAGAUAAACCAGCAGAUUCUCAUAUAGAUUACAAUGACGCGAUCGACUAUUGGACUCAAACUCCAGCAACUGUAGACGGUGUGCUUGGCGGGUACGGUGAAGAGACAAUUGUUCCUACGAUGGACGUGCUUGGAUCUAAUCAUUUCUUAAGGAAACUGAAGUCUAGAAUGGUGUUGGAAACUCCCGAUGCCAGGAAAGUAGCAGCUGAUGUCGGUGCAGGGAUUGGGAGAGUAACGAAGACGAUGUUAUACAAACAUUGUGAUGUCAUAGAUUUAGUGGAGCCAGUGAAGCCAUUUUGUGAACAAAUGGAAGUUGAAUUGAAGGAUCUGAAGGCAGAAGGUAAGAUUGGGAAGAUCUUUCCUAUUGGAAUGCAAGAUUGGGUUCCUGAGAAGGGCAAGUAUUGGUUGAUCUGGUGCCAAUGGUGUGUUGGGCACUUACCGGAUGAGGAAUUAGUUAAAUUCUUUAAGAGAUGUGUGGAGGGAUUACAACCAAAUGGGACUAUUAUUGUGAAGGAGAAUAACACGCCAACAGAGACUGAUGAUUUCGAUCCUACAGAUUCAUCGGUGACAAGAUGUGACACGAAGUUCAGACAACUUUUCGAGCAGAGUGGGCUGAAACUAAUUGCAACGGAUAGACAAAAGGGUCUACCGGAAGAACUGUAUCCUGUGAGGAUGUAUGCAUUGAAGCCCCAAGCUCCUUAG